AUGGCGCUCAGCGAUGCAGAUGUUCAAAAGCAGAUCAAGCAUAUGAUGGCCUUCAUCGAACAAGAGGCCAAUGAAAAGGCUGAAGAAAUCGAUGCUAAGGCAGAGGAGGAGUUCAACAUUGAGAAGGGCCGCCUUGUCCAGCAGCAGCGGCUUAAAAUAAUGGAAUACUAUGAGAAGAAAGAGAAACAAGUUGAACUCCAGAAAAAAAUUCAGUCAUCGAACAUGCUGAACCAAGCUCGUCUCAAGGUGCUCAAAGUACGUGAAGACCACGUACGCAAUGUACUGGACGAAGCCCGCAAGCGCCUGGCUGAGGUUCCCAAUGACACCAAACUAUACUCGGACCUUCUUGUCACACUCAUGGUUCAAGCCCUAUUCCAACUGGUAGAACCAACAGUGACCAUCCGCGUAAGACAAGCAGACAAGGCUCUAGUGGAGUCUCUGUUUGGCCGAGCCCAGCAAGACUACAAGAACAAGAUCAAGAAGGAUGUUCAGUUGAAACUUGACACAGAGAACUUCCUGCCACCUGAUACAUGCGGUGGAAUUGAACUCAUCGCUGCCAAGGGUCGUAUUAAGAUCUCCAACACCCUGGAGUCGCGACUGGAGCUGAUCGCUCAGCAGCUGCUGCCGGAGAUCCGUACCGCCCUGUUCGGCCGCAACCCCAACCGUAAAUUCUCUGACUAG